AUGAAGAAGAAGCUGAUUGAGGCUAUUAAGAUUAUGAAUCAGAUGGAGGCUAAUGGGGUUGGCGCCAUUGAUGUUAAUUAUGGGGUUGUGAAGGUUCUUGCGAGGAAAAGAAGACACAUAGGGACCAAAAUAGCCUCAAUGAGGCCCGGGUUUGGUUCGGUAAAGUUAGUUGACAGGGGUAUUUCUGAUGGUUUUGAUGUGAUUAGAGAGAUCUUCUGUCCAUUAACUGGGAGGAAAAUCUUCUCCAGCCUAGUGUCAAGUAUUGAUAAGACACCUUGUUGGUAUUUGUCCAAUUAUAAGGAGCUUGAGUUACUUGGUACCGGAACAUAUGGGGUUGUGGCUAAGUGUAAAAACAAGUUAGAUGGCAAAUGCUGUGCCAUUAAGAAAGUUGAUUUAGGUUCAACACAUGACUGCUAUGAAUCUGCCAUAAGUGAGGCAAGCAUCUGGUCAAAGCUUGACCACCCUAAUAUUGUGAAAUAUUAUGGCUGUUGGAUAGAGAACCAGAUAUGGGGCGAAAAAGCAGAAGAAGAUGGUCUCACUUAUGAAAAGAAAAGACCAUGUCUAUACCUAAAACUGGAAGCCUGUGAUAGCAGUCUUGUUGACACUUGGAGGACAUUGACAGCAAGGCAGACUUCCAACAUCAUAGAAGGAGUUGUGGAAGGACUUGAGCACAUCCAUUCCUUUGGAUUCAGUCAUGGAGACCUCAGUAAAGACAACAUCUUGAUUUCUAAAGGAAUUUCAAAAAUAUGUGAUUUUGGAAGAGCUUCUGAAGGUACUCCUCAGGAUCAAAAGGAAGACAUCUAUAAGUUGGGUCUUAUGAUUGUGGAAUUGGUAGAUCCUAGUGCCGUGUCAAAGUGCAAGACAAGGAAUGUUCCCGAGAAGCUUCAAGAACUUGACUAG